ACUUUCAACUUUGUUUCUUUUCUACUUCCUUAAGACAUACAUAAGACAAACCUUCCCACUCUCCCAAAUGCCUAGUCCUUUACCAUUUUUCUAGCUGGCCGAGGAUGCUGUCGUUGGCUUAAGAGAAAAAAUUUCAAACCAGAUAUGGAGGAGCAGAAGGACGGUGCAAAACGUGGAGGGGGCACAGUUAGGAGCUUAAAUCUGCCCAUUGGAUUUAGGUUUCGUCCCACUGAUGAAGAGCUAUUGGCUCACUACUUGAGUAGAAAGAUCUUUUCUAUGCCUUUGCCUGCCUUAAUCAUCCCUGAAAUACUGGAUAUUUUCGACUCCUUUCCCUCUGACUUGCCUGCAGGGGACUUGAGGGAGAAGAGGUAUUUCUUCAGCAAAGCAAAUGGAGAUAUAAACAGCAAGGGGUGCAGCAGAUUGAUCAGUGGCAAGGAUUGUUCUGGUUAUUGGAAAGCCGUUGGCCAAGGCCAGUUAAUUGUGGUUCCAAUUUCGGGUUCUGCAAUAAGUGACCAACAACAACAGCGGCUACUUCUUGGGAUGAAAAAAGCCCUUCGAUUUUACCAAGCAACGCGUUCUGGAUAUUUAACAACUCGUUGGAUUAUGCACCAAUAUUCCCUUGUCACAAUUUCCCCCUCUGAUCAGAAUGUUAACAUGAUGCAAGUAGGAGAUUGGAGCAUCUUUCGCAUAUACCAGAAGAAAUUACUAAUUUCCAAGAAUGUGAGGACUAAGUCUAAUGGUUUUGCUGAGCAAUGUAAGAUCAAGACAAAUACCCGAAAGAGGCUUUUUAAUGAAGUGUUAAAAGACAAGGAAGUUCUCAUUUAGGCUCUUCCUCUUCAAAAUCAGCAGUCACUUACAUCUCCUCUAAUCAAUUACUGGAAUUAGAUCAAGAAGCUAAGCAACCACUUGAUACUUCAGAUUCUAUCUUUUGUUUUUUUCUUGGGCCAGCUCAGUAGUGAGCAUCCACAAAAGCUUGCUUUAGUUUUUAUUUUCGAGUAACAACAAAGAGAAAAUUGGCAGCACUUGGCGUUGUCUUAUACUCCAUCUAUUUGAUUUCGGUUCUUCUUGUAUGGCUGUUACACGAUUGGAGCACUAUUUUAGAAAAAUGACAU